GCGGGUCGCGAGACCAGCCCAGUCGGGCGUUAUCGCGGUGCGCGAGCGAGCGGACGGACGCGCGGGGCUGACAGGUAACGGCGAUGGACGACGGUCACUGAGCUCCCAGCCAGAGCGCAACACCCAAAGGAUGGAGAUCGAGAAAAGAACCAAUGGCUACGAAUACGAAGAGAAGAACGGUUUAAAGCCCAUCAGUAGUUUUUAUGAUGACCACCCACUAGAAAAUGACCAGUCUAAUACCAGUACAGAUGUACAACAUUUAGAGUCAUCAUCAGUGCUUCAGAUGAACUCACUAAACAAUGAUCGCACUGAUCAGCGAACCUGCCUUAUUUGUGGAGACACAGCUACGGGUUUGCACUAUGGUAUCAUUUCGUGUGAGGGAUGCAAAGGCUUUUUCAAACGUAGUAUUUGCAACAAGCGGGUUUACAGAUGCAGCCGAGACAAAAAUUGUGUCAUGUCACGCAAGCAACGAAACAGAUGCCAGUACUGCCGACUACUUAAGUGUCUCCAAAUGGGCAUGAACCGAAAAGCAAUCAGGGAGGAUGGAAUGCCGGGAGGUAGAAACAAAAGUAUUGGUCCUGUUCAGAUAUCUGAAGAAGAGAUUGAAAGAAUUAUGUCGGGACAAGAAUUUAAGGAGGAGGCUAACAAUUCGUGGAGUAACAAUGGAGACAGUGAUCACAGCUCCCCUGGCAACGGUAUAUCUGAGGGGAACCAACCAUCACCUGUUUCUACUCCUUCCUCAAGCAGAUCAAUGGAACUGAAUGGGUACACUGCACUCAGGGAUCAAUUCAUAGGGACACCAGUCUCCGCGCACUAUCAGUACCUGCCGCACCUUUUUAGUUAUGCUGCUCAUUCGGGUCUGUUGCCACCUCAACCCCGCAACUUAGAUCCUCAGUCACAUACUCUGGUAAGCCAGUUGGUUGGAGCAGAAGACCUUGAACCUCUUGCAACACCAAUGCUGAUUGAAGACGGGUAUAAAGUAACUCAGGCAGAACUAUUUGCUCUGCUUUGCCGCUUGGCCGAUGAGUUGCUUUUCAGGCAAAUUGGCUGGAUCAAAAAGUUGCCAUUUUUCUGUGAAUUAUCAAUCAAAGAUUACACCUGCUUGCUAAGUUCCACCUGGCAGGAGCUCAUCCUCCUUUCUUCCCUCACUGUCUAUGACCGACAAAUUUUUGGAGAUCUUGCUGAUGUCACUUCAAAGUAUGCGCCAUCUGAUGAAGAACUCCAAAGAAUGAUUAUUUAUUGCAGAUUCAGUGAGGAGGGAAUGGAAGUUAUGGAACGACUAAUCUACCUCUUUAGAAAAUUUCAACAGCUGAAGGUUAGCAAUGAGGAAUAUGUUUGCAUGAAAGCCAUCAACUUUCUCAAUCAAGAUAUUGGGGGCCUGACCAAUGUGUCUCAGUUGGAGCAGUUGAACAAGCGUUACUGGUAUGUGUGCCAGGAUUACACUGAGUUCAAGUACCCGCACCAGACCAAUCGUUUCCCUGAACUCAUGAUGUGUCUGCCAGAAAUACGCUACAUUGCAGGUAAACUGGUCAAUAUUCCUUUGGAACAGCUGCCUCUGCUUUUCAAAGCAGUCCUGCACUCAUGUAAAGCCAACACAAGUAAAGAAUGAGCCAUCAGCAUGUGGCCCUUGAAUUUUCCAUGCCUUACUGCCUCAGGUGAAGAAGGAAUACAGAUGGGGAAUAAAGUUGAUCAAGGUUUGGAGAACAGGGAAAAUGCUCAGAUUGAGAGUGAAACCCUGUAACUCUGACAACAGCUAUAUUUUACUUUAUCUAUUUAUUUCAUGACAGAGUUGAAUGUAUGAUCUUCAACGCAGUGCACAUGCUUCUGUACAAUGCAGUUAAUGAAUUUCCUUGCAGUUUACGGUAUGUAGGGUGUUAUUGUUACAGUAUUGCCAUUUUAGGUCUAGUUGAAUAUUUUAUAUUUUGGGGGGAGGGGGCUGAGAAAAGUUUUGUUUAUUAAGACUACCUCAAUAAUGAGAUGACUAUUUGCGUCUCUCUCCAUUUCAAAUGCCUUAAGGCUAUCACUAAAGUGGUCCAUUCUGGCAAGCUGCUGCCUUGUUACAACAAAUCGGUACUAACUGCAGUCAGAUCGAUUGUAAAAUGUAUUUGCCUCUAUUUCCAGGCUUUGCAAGAGGGUUUAUUGUUAAAUUUUGAUAUGUGUUGUGUGAGCAUCAUUUUUGUAUACAAAUUCAGUUGGGAUCCUGCAGAAGGAUGGUGCAAUAAAGUGCAUCCAGGUGCUGCAACCAGGUUAUUUACAAGCAGUGUUUUUGUUUUCUCUGAGGCAGUUACAGUGACCUCUAAUUGGAAAAUGUAAUUAAUUUCCUCUUAAGGCUCAUACUUUAUUAAUAUUCCAUUUGAUACUGAUGCAGAUGCUUAGAAAAAGUUGUGCCAUCUUGGAAUAUUUACUGUAAACCAAAAAACCCUGCUCCACAAUACAGGAAUAUUGAUGGUGUUAUAUUAUUAACACUGGCCCAGAGCAGACAGGUUGUCAUGGUCAAAUAUCAAUGGGAGGUCCACCCAUAUGCUUCUAAAAUAAAAACCAAAGAUUUCGUAAACAGGAAAUGGUAAAUAUAUUUUAGGUUUAUUGUGCAUUGUUUCUUUAAAAUUUCAAGCAGUUGUAAAUUAUUUGUAAGUCCUUGCCUAGGGAUAACAUUAUACGGAGCUAAAAUAAGUUAUAAAGUUUUAUUCUCAUUUGACUUUUGGAAACUUGAAGUACAAGGCAGCAUUGCUUUCCAAGGCACGUGCACCUAGAUUUCUUCCCCGUCAACACCAUUUUUUUGUGAGGAUAUUAUCUUUAUUUGACCUACCUUGCCCAUGAGAAAGUAAAGUUGUGUUUUAGACAUGGUAGCAUAGACUAAAUUAAAUUGAUCACAAAAGGGAUCCAAGUGAGAUGGGACUGUUUAUGGGGAAAGAUUGUUUGGCAAGCCUUUUUAUCAUUCUCAAGUCAUUAUCAUGAAGAUUCCUUUAUAAUCUAGUUAACUUUAGAGUGUUCACCUGUUAAAUGUUUAAUAUGGAUGUAGGCAGAGGGAAGAAAUGGAUUUGUCUAGGAAUACUUGCACAAUUAUGAAAUUCAGAACUACAGUCUCUUUCCUGUAAAUGAUCAAGAUAUUGUACACUAUUUUGUAUACUAUCAUUAUUUUAUAAGUCAAAGACUCAGCAUAUGUCACUGAAUUAAUUGAAACUCCGUAACAUGGCCAAUUCCUCUCACAGUAUCCAAAUCCACUCAUUGGUUCUUUCUUUAAGCUACAUGCCUUGCUGAAAACUUUGAUCAUUACUGAAGUCAAACCUAUUCUUUGAACCUCACCUUUCAGGCAACAAUGAUGCUCUAUCCUGAACCUUCUUCGUUUUACAGUUCUACCUUCUAAGUCUACUCGUGGCUUGGUGGGAGAGUUAUUUCAAUAUUGUUAAGUCAUUGUUCCCUGUGAUCUCAAAGGUUGUCAAGAACCUCUGAAAUUUAACUUUAGUUCCACAAAAUGUUCAUACUUCGUGAGGGAUUAACCUAAUAUAAACUUCUGUGAGUAAUGCUGGGCAAUGAAUUGAUUUACAUUAAUAUUAAACAAAAUAAAAAUCUUAGUGCAUUUACUUGCGGUAGAUGGGAAUUUUGUACGGUGAUAUUCGUGGUUGCAGUUAACUUAUUAAAGUUGUUUCCCAUCGGUGGCCUGCUAACAUAAUUCCAAAAUGUACAUGCACACAGUAUACACUCCUCAUGUGAAAUAGAUUCUAUACGACCUAUUUUACCUCAGAUGGUCACGGAGGAUUUGUAGGUGCCUUUUUACCUCAAUUUUUAUUUCCCCACUAGUUAAAACAAAACAAGAAAACCUUUUUGUAUGAGGUAUUCUUUCAGCUCCCUAUCCUACUUUGUGAUCACAUUUAUUCAAUCAUUCCUGCAAACAGACUCCAGAUAUGCUCAGUUUAAGGCAAGAGAUUUAUGCCAUUUAUCAAAAUUCCGGACUCUAUUCUGAUAGAAAAUAAUGAAUAUUGCAUAAGCUAUUGACAUUUUUUUACAAAAAGCCUCUCCACUGUAUAAUCAUUCAGUAAAAAUUGGUCAAAACUGUUCAUAAAUUGGCAUGGAAAUGAUUAGGGACAACAAAAAAGUUCACAAAAUGCUCCAAGAAUAGCUAUAAUGCUUUGAGCUUAAUCUGCUUGAAAAUUGACAUACCUGAACUCUUAAAUGCAGGCGUCUUCAUCUUGAUCGUCGUCACAAGUCUUUUAUGGCUUGUUUUAAAACAGGGUAAAGUGAAUGUGUUGUGUUGCAUACGAAAAUUACUCAGGUAUUAUGAUGAAAGUAGAUGAACUAGUUUUAGAAGUAGAUUUUUUUAACCACAAGUAUCAUUCUCUUUUAAAUUGCAAUUGAGGGGAAUGGUUGGAAGGCUGGAUUUUUUUAAUCAGGGAAUUGAAAUUAUUUUUUCGAAAAAACAUGGAUGAUCUGAAACCAGUUUGUCUCUGCACAAUUAAAAAAAAAAAAGCAAGCUGAAUGUUAAUAGUUUUAUUUAAAUAAAUUUCCCAACAAUGUGGGCAACAUUUGCCAAGUAAGGGUUCAGAAUUAUUAGAUGGUACUUUCCACUCAACACAAUAAUGGGUUUUGAUCUUAAUCACUUUUGUUAGAUUUCCAAUUUCUACCUAAAACUAAUAUUUGCAUGAUGAUUGUAAAAUUUAAUGUGGGUUCCAAGUAAGGCAUCUUCCACAAUUGGAGGUAGGGAUAGUAAAUCAGUUACAAUUCAAAUCAUGAAUCCUGCUUAAUCUCAAUGCUUUCAGCGCUGGUCAUGUAACUGUUCUUUGGCAUUUUGUUCUUCCUUCCCAAUCACAAUGGAAUCAGCUUGUGGAGGCAAAAAAUAAUUUGUGUACCCAUUUCUAGUUGUUAAUUAUCAAACACUUGAUCAUUCUAAGAAUUACUUGGUAAAUGUUUAAUACAUAUGUUUGAAAACAACCAGCCAGUAAAUGUGAAUUGAUUGAAAUGCAACCAAAACCCAGUAUAUGGAACUAAAAGGACUUUGUAUCACUGUGGAAACGCUUCAGAAUGUACACAGCGAGGCAGCACAGUUAGUUUCCAGUUCCAUAUUUUCAUCAAUUCCUUCAAACAUGAUUGUCCAGACCUUCAAAGCAAAAGCCCUCCUUAAACUUGAAAUCUAUUUCUACCUUUUUGUUUUAAUUAUGUUUUACAAGUUUUUUUGUGAAUGUGGCUGAAAGUAAACCACAAAUAUUAAUUAUAUACUUUUUUUAAUUGAGUUAAAAUUUCAAGUUUAGAUGUUUGUGAAAAUGUAUCUCUUUCUCAGGAUGAUAAGCGGCAAUCAGUCCUGCUGUGUAGCCAGGAGCAGGAAAGGGGGGGGGGGGGGGGGGGAGGGUACAUUGGUGUAUAGUGAAACUAUAGAAAUAAGUAGUGUUUAUAGAAGAUGUUUAAUCAUAAAUGACAAAUAAUGACUACAGCAGCAUAAAGCCUAGGCUUUUCUAAGGGUCAUCACUGCCUUGCAUGCAAAGCAGUUUGUAGCUCAGGGAUCUAUAUUUAAACAAAUGACCCGUUGGAAAAACCAGCUUUAUGCUGAAAGCUUCUUUCAUGGACAAAUUUAGGGAUGACAAGUCAUGUACAUGUUACUUAAAAUAGCAGUGAUUCUUUGGUUUGAAUGUGAAUGUUUCCACUCAUCCACUCUCCUCAAUACAGGUUCUGUAUAAAUAUCCAAUCCUGGCUGCUAAUAGUGGAUGCAUAUACUACUUCUGACUUGUGCCUCAUUAAUUACUCAUUUACUCUGCCAUUCAACAGAAGGCUCUGCAUUGUCACCUUUCAUUAAAAUUGAGAACACCCACCCCCUCAAUUUCCACUGCUUCAAAAUCAUCUCAUAUGGUAAAAAUAUAAUUCACACUGCGAAGAGUUAACAUUUAUUUUUGUUUCAAAAAUGUAUUUCUCAUAUCCUAGUUACUACACAAUUUGGUUUACCUUACUGGCAUCAUUCAGACAUGGUAAUGUUAUUUUUCAAAUUGCUAUUGCAUUUGAUGCCAUUGUAAACAAUUAAGUGGGUUUCCUAAGGCAUUAUUGUCACAAAACCCUUAAAUACUUUUUAUUCUCCUGGGAUGGGUGCAUAGAUUGCAAUACUAUUGCCCAUUCCCAGAUGCCCAUGACAAGGUAGUGGCGAGCUACCACCUUCAACUGCCGCAAAGCAGGUUUUAUCCCCAUUACACUAGAAUAGCACAGGAACAGGCCCUUCAGCCCACUAUGCCUGUGCCAACCAUGGUGCCAAUCCAACUAAUACCAUAUGCCUACAUAUUGUCCAUAUCCCCAUAUUUACCUGUUCAUGUGCCUGUCUAAAUGUCUCAAACAUUGAUAUAUAUUUAUGACUGCGCUGGUACCAAUUUCCAGCAUCUACCAAUUUUGGUUAGGGUACCUCUCAGAUUUAAACAUUUCACUGACACUAUAACUUGCAUGUUAUGUUUAAAGAUCCAUCUAUCCACAUUGUAUUUUGGCUUUGUUUCAAAGCUAUUUAUAAUAUCAGCCAAAUAAUAGAUAAUAAACAUAAAGUAAAUAUUACAAAAUGACUUUGCAUGAAAAGAAUUAAAAAUAAUUAUAUUAUUUAGCAAAACAUGUUUGGCACCUAAAACAAGUCAUAACAUAUAGCAACAAACUUUGAAGGAAAGGAUUGAUAGAAGAUUGAUAAAUGUUUUGAUGUUUUAGUGUUUAUAAAUAAUUUAAACACUGCCGUAGAAGAAUGCCUUGAUAUCCCAAAUAUGUCCAUGAGAAAAGCACAGUAUCUCUGGAAAGCGCCAGUCAGUGGCACAAGGUACCAGAUUAUCUAAGUAACCGCUUCAUAUUGCCUAUUGUGAGUUGUGUUUUCUUUGAAUUGUGGAAUGUGUCUUGUAAUAGUUGAUGCAUAAUUUACACAAAUGACAGUGUGGAAAAACUACCUCAUGUGACAUCCUGUUGUUUAAUAAUGUCAUAAAGGGAUAAUGUGAAAUGUUGAUUUUUUUUUUGCUGUUUACAUGAAUGUGUUAAUUCAACACUCUAGUGUUCGAAUGCAUCACCGUUUUCAUUGCAGUCAUUAGCUGCAUCAAUUUAACCUGCAGAUUUAAAAUGAAACUUGGGUCAGAAUGUUUGUGCUCUGGAUAAAGCAGAUUGGUUCAGUGAACACAGCGAGUGGAGAUGAUGAGUAUCAGCCAUGUCAGUGGUGAAAGUUUGCUUAAUACAUCUUCACAUAAUGCUGUACAACUGAUGGUCUCGGCCUGAUAGAAGUUCAGCUGCAGAGCACAUGAUGAGAGCUGAUUGAAGUGUGCUUCAUUGCAGAUUGAAGUGUGUCAUUACUUGCAAAGCUGUUGCUGUACAUGUUUCAAACAUUCUGAUUACAAACAUGACUGAGAAACAGGGAACUAAAAUAGAACUGCAGUAAUCACUAAACAUCCUGCAUCUUUUCUGGAGAAAUCAGCAAGAAUCCUCUGCCAAGUUCAGAUCUGGCUCAGUCUGUUGAGAAAAUGCCAUCCUCUCCCCAAACCAAUCCUUUGCUCUUGUUCAAAAAAUGAAGUUUGCCCAGGAAAAAAGAUCUGAGUAGAGCUGAUGCAUCAUCAACUCAGAGUGAGUGAGUCAUCUCUAUAAUUUGCCAUCCACUUUAAUUCAGGUUAACUCCAGACAGAUUCCCCAGCUACAUGACAUUUUAGUUCUCCAAAUUGAACCGUCAAUAAAGUGUGAAACAGCCACUUUUUGUGAUGAAAACAUCCCCUCAUAAAUGGUUUACAAAUUGUUUAGACUGUCUGAGUUAUCAUAAAUAAAUUAUUGUCACACAGCAUGGAAACAGGCUCUUCCGUCCAAUGCCAACCAAGGUACCCCACUGGUCUGUGUUUGGC